AUGCACGCAGUGAUCGAGCGGGUCCUCCGGCACAAGCACCUCCAGUCCUCCUCCCAACUCUUCGCCCUCUCCGACUACGAUGUGAUCUCGGAUCUGCACACCGUCUUCGGGCUGAUCAAGGAGAUUUUGCACGAGCGGGGUUAUGGCUCGAGAAAGGAGGACCAGAGCGUCGUCGAGCUGGUUUUGGCACGGAUUCUGAAUGCGAUACGGGAGACCAGCUCGAUCGAGACGUAUUGUGCGCAGUUGGUCGACCUACUGGAUUGCUGCCUACAGUAUCCCAUGUCGAUCAGGUCCACCGAGAAGAUAUCUUCACAUGGCAACGAAACUUACUGCGACUCGGCUCACUGCAAAGUGGCGGUGGAGAUUUUGUCGAGUCUGUUUAUGUACUACUCCAAGAAACCGGUGAUGACGCUGGCGAUUCCUGUCGCAUUAAGGGCCCUGAGCUCGAACAACGCGGAUUUAAGCCGGAACGUCAUUUCGUAUAUUUCGUUGUCGGCGGUGCAUUGCGAGAGGGUGUUGGCGCAGUAUGCCAUACAAAUUGCUGGACAUAUCGUUGGAGGCAAGCACGCCCUCCUAAAAGUGCUCCCCCAAAUCUAUGCCGAAAACAAAGAAGCCCUCCACGCCCAUCUGCCCCAGCUGAUGCGUCUUUUGGACCAAAACGUAGCCCUCGAGGACAAGAGAUCACUGCUGCAAUUUGCGUCCAGAGUAGCUGCGAGUAAUGCCGAGCUCCUCAUUCCCUACCUCCCCCGACUCACCCAAUUCCUGAACAAACCCGCGACCUGCUUGCCCGUGCUGCACAUCUACCAGCCGCUGUGCGCCCAAGGAAAAGCUCAUCUGCUCACCGAGACCAUCCUCAGCCUGGAAGAAGCCACCGAGGAUCCGGUGCUGAAGUCCCUGGCUACCGUAUCCCCGGAUUCCCUACGACCGUACGGGGCUCGAAUCGAGAGCAUCGCCAAGACGUCCCCAAGCGUUAGAUCGCUGUGCAGUAGAUUGCUGGAAAUGGCCAACGCUCCCAGGCCCGAUAAAAUUACCGUAAUCCCGAUUCGGAAUGACAACUCGUCGGACUCGCUGCUGUCGCGGAAGGAUCGGAGUCGAUAUGAUAGCUCAACGUUGGGGAGUCGUAGCCGCUACACUGGAGGCGAGAGCUCAACCGCCCAAACGGUAGAUGAACUCGACCGGAAUACCGAGAGCCUCGCCCAAGUCUACCAGAAUCGCAGCAACUCGAGCCUGUCGAAGUACAAGUCGCGAAGCUAUGUGAGCGUGACGGCAGGGCAGAGUCAAAAUUCCGCCUCGGAGACGGCGUACAACUCCCGCGAUCUGUCGAUGGCCAGCAUUCCGGGACCGUCAACAAGACCACCCGAUUACUCGUCGCUAAAGCGGAAGCCCCCGCCCCCGCAGGCUACGCAGCAGAACAAAGCCCAGACCCUGCCGACGACAUUCGCCCCAACACAAAUUCAGGUGUCUCACCCUGUCUCCAUAAACUCCCUUGCCCUGUUUCCGAAAGUUAUCGAAGAAGAGAUGAUCUCCGAGGAGCCGGCCGAGCCCUGGCAGGAUACGAAAUCCAUCGAUCGUGGCGAUGUUGUACGGCAGUUCGUCGACCACCGGCGCAGCAAGAUACGACGUUACGUGGAGGAGGUUUCUUCGCGAAUGCCGAUCCCGGUGCAGUGUACGGUAGAAGGAGGGAAAGGAAAACACCGUAUGCGUAUCCACUUCUCAUGCCAAGUUCGCUCGACCUACUGUAUUUUCCACGCCGACAAUCUGUACGGGAUGAAGACCAAGUCUCCUUCGCUGUGGCUUCAUCUCAUGUUUUUGCAGAUGGAGUCAUCCUCUCUCACACAAACCGGCCAAGUCCUGUGCCAGUCAUCAGGAGCCUACCGUACCCUCGCGAAUUGUUGGUCGUGUCUCCCGUCUGCUGUGACGAAGGGAAGACCCUUCGUCACCCUAGUCACCAGUGCAUUUCCGCCACAAAAGGAACAAGAAAAGCUUGCACGGGAGCUCGACGAGAAUGCGUUGUGGGAAUUUUUCCAGCUCGACGCUGUCACCUCAAAAUGGGCAUGUUUAAGCUGCGCGCAUCCGGAUCGAGUACGCACCUUCGUGGAGGAGAAGAUGUUGUGCGGGGAGCUGAAGGAGAAGCGGGGGCGCUGGAAAUUUUUGCGGCGAUGGCAUACCAAGUUUUUCACGCUCAGCACGGCUUCGCUGACUUAUACGACUGGGAUGCCGUCGAGUGGGGAGGUGGUGCGACAAAAUAACCACUUCGAAUCCCCCUCCAUCGAUUUGAGGACAAUUCGGGUCGUCCGAAGCUUGUCUCGAGGGAAUAAGAAGCGGAAAAGCUUGCGGAAAGCCUUUGAGAUCUGUACGCAGGAGAAUAAGAGCUACGUAUUAAAGGCCACCGACGAGCGCAAGGCCGAGGAAUGGCUCCAGUGCCUGCAAGUCGCCAUCGCAAAUGCUAGGCGCGACGACCCAACCCACACUCUU